AUGACAGAGUACGACUACUCACCCGAGGCAUACGACCGCUACCUUGCCACGCAACAUCGCAUCUCAAAUUGGCGUGACGACGUCAACCGCUAUAAGUUCCAGUCUCCACCACUACCUCUUCUGCCUACAGCCAAACCUGUGCCGUCGCCCACAAAAUCUCCUCCAAAGCGCUCGCAAUCCCAAGGAUACGUCACUGUAUAUCCUGCAGCCCAGCCGCCACCUACGCGUCCAACUCCAUCGCGGUCCUACACGACAGCUCCCAACGCUGUAUACCCCUCUACUUCCCGUCACACUCACGCACACACUGGUUCCCAACCACACAUCGUUCAUCAGGCUCAGCAGGACACUCAUCAGCACACUCGUACACGCACACACUCACGUUCCCAGUCUACAUCCGUCUCCGUCCCCGUGCACAUCCCAAUACAGGCGCCCGUCCCACGGCAAGCGUACGCUUCUAAUUCUCGCAUUCCUGUUCCGCCGAAACUGGUCCCAGUGCCUCCCUCGUCACGGGUACCACAACCGCGCCGCUCCCGCACGUACUCCUAUGCCGCUGCCCCACAGACGGCGACCCAGCCCAGUAUGGUUAACGUUAUCUACUACGACCCAAGAAAUCCCCCUGUCAUGCCCAAGGCUGGGCCGACAUUUAUACCCGUUCCGUCUAGGGGUAGCCGAACCGAUGCUCGAUCCCCAAACUCUCCCACUAAACGCACCCCCCUCAUUAAGCGCAUUUUGACUCUCGGCCUCACUGGCUCUGGCUCUGGCUCCGGUGCCAGCCCCAGUCCAGCCUCUGCCAGUCGUGCGGCUCCGCGCAGGCGCCGACGAAGCAGUUUCUGA